UUAGUUGUUACUGAAUGUGUACAGAGUGUGCAGAGCGCAUCUUCAAAGACUUGACUUCAAAGACAAUUAAAUUUGAUUUAUGUAGCUUGAAUAACAACUUAUUUUUGGUUGAAGAACAAAUAUAAGUGGAAAACAGUAUUUAAUUAAACAUUUUGCAAUCACUAUUUUGAUAAAAAUUUAUGAAACAGUUUUGUUUUUUAAUUAAAAAAAUGCAGUAAGCUUAUUUAUGAAUUACCGUAAAGAUUGUUGUAAAAGUAAACGUUGUGAUUGGGUCGUUUGAGGUCGGCCAUUAUAAUUAUCUAAGAAACCAAUCACCUUAGAUUUUUGAAUUCAUUCAAAAAAAUUAAUAAUUGGUUUAGGUUUUUGAAUUCAUUCCAUAUUUAAUUCAAUUGGUUUCCCGGGUCCAGUUUUAUCAGAAAAACCAAAGCACAAAAAAAUUAUAGUUUGUUAAAUUUGAUUUCUAAUAUUCCAAUAGAUGGCAUGAGAAUGCAAGAGUAAGAGUUGUGGUUGGGGUAGAGUGAGGUUAAACUUAACCUAGAAGAUUUUAUAAGUAAAAAAUGGAAAUUUUAGAACUAUACAGUGGCAUUGGGGGGAUGCAUUGGGCUUUAAAAGCUAGUGGCGUAGAAGGCAAAAUUAAAGCAGCAGUCGACAUAAAUCCUACUGCCAAUUCAGUUUACAAACAUAAUUUCCCAGAAAUAACUCUACUCAGUCGCAACGUUCAAAGCCUGACACCAAAAUUCAUAAAUAAAUUGAGUGUUGACACCAUUUUAAUGUCGCCCCCAUGCCAACCAUUUACAAGAAAUGGUCUUCAGGAGGAUAUCAACGAUGAAAGAACCAAAUCUUUCAUAUACAUUUUAUCGAUUUUACCUGAACUAAAUGUCACUAGAAUUUUAAUAGAAAAUGUAAAAGGUUUUGAACAAUCAAAAAUGAGAGACUUGUUAAUUGGGACAUUGGAAAAAUGCGGAUUCCUCUAUCAAGAAUUUAUUCUCACCCCUACCCAAUUUGGAGUACCAAAUACCAGGCAUCGGUACUAUUGUAUAGCCAAGAAACCCCCAAGUAGUUUCAAUUUUGAAGCUGGGUCAUUAAAAACUGAACUUCCUUAUCGACAGAACGCAAAUGAUUGCUUUGAAAUAAGCCUGAUUUUAGAUCAAAACGAAGACUUAGCUUCUUAUUAUUUAGGCGAUAAAAUUUUAACAAAUUAUUUAGAUACCACGGACAUCCGUUACAGCACCUCUAAAAACACUUGUUGCUUUACUAAAGCAUAUGGACGUUAUGUUAAAGGCACUGGAAGUGUUUAUAGCGAUUUGCCUGAAGUAAAAAGUGAAAUGUACAACAAACUUUCUGAUUUUGACCCUAGAAGUAAUUCUUAUUUACAAUUAGCACAUCAGUUAAAAAUACGAUUUUUUACACCUAGGGAAAUAAGCAGGUUAAUGAGUUUUCCUGAAGAUUUCACAUUCCCUAAAAGUACAAGUGAUAAACAAAAAUAUAUGUUAUUAGGGAACAGUAUUAAUGUUAAAGUUGUAGCAGAAUUAAUAAAAUUAUUACAAUGACUAA